CUACCGUUAUGUUAGGCCGUUCGGUCCUAAAUUUUCAGUUUGUUGCGUUGCGGUGCUCAAGUUCGAAUGCAUUUGUGGAAAAAUUAACAUUUUUUAGCAUAUAAGUACUUGAUAAAUUGUCUGUACUGCUUUCGCUGGAAUUAUUUUAAUGUGGCAGCUUCGAAUUCAAUAGUUUUGAUGCCUUUUCUUAAGGAAGCAUCAUUCUUCGAUAAGUAGACCGGCAACGUUGCAAACGACGCCAAGUUAACUUCACGGACGCCCUGUUCGAUCUUGCACCAGGAGCAAAAUGUUGUAUGCAGAAACCAAACAAAUGGAGAGGACGAUGAACGACGAGGCACUUAACACAAAUUAUUCUCCCAGUGCGAAGUCUCGCAGGAUUACAGACUUUUUCCAGCCUGUUGAAGCUCCUGGAGUUGUUAUAUCCAAAAAGGUUCUCACAAGAUGCACUCGAAACAAAUUGAACUUCCUCCCGGACGAGGAGGAAAUAAUACCAGCCUCCGAAAUGCCAGAUAUCGUUAUAGAACAAGAACCUAUUGAACAGGAAAUACACUCACUUCUCGUAGCCGAUGAUCAGGAAUGUUCUCUGAGGAGUCCCCCAUCGACACCGCACAGGAUUACGUUGUGCACCGAAGCCUUAGAUCAAAAACUUGACGUCAAAACGGAAUCGAAAAGUUUUCAAAAACCCAUUACAGGACCAAAAGCCCGAAGAAAAUUGAACACAAAUCGUUUCACGGUGUUAGAAGAACCCCCAAAAGCAGGUACUAAUCGUAAAUUAACAGUUAAUAAUUACUUACCGGUGAGAAAGUCCAUCAGGAAAACGAAAACGACAGUUCUCGAAGAGAAACAGAGGAUUUUGGAGAAGACUUUGAGGAACAACAUAGAGGAGGGUUUGAAAAUUAGUUAUUUCGAGGGUAAGGGAAGGGGUGUAGUGGCCGAUAAAGAAUUCAAAAGGGGAGAUUUCGUUGUGGAAUACAGCGGUGAUCUGAUAGAAAUCUCGGAGGCUAAAAAGAGGGAAGAGCUGUACGCUGCAGAUCAAAAUGCUGGUUGCUACAUGUAUUAUUUCGAACACAAUAAUCACAAAUAUUGCAUCGAUGCCACACCUGAAUCGACAAGGUUAGGAAGAUUGGUGAAUCACUCAAGGAAUGGUAAUUUAAUGACAAAAACAGUUUCCGUUGAUGGAAAGCCAAGAUUGGUCCUGAUCGCUAAGGAGGAUAUUGCGAUUGGUCAAGAAUUGCUGUACGAUUAUGGUGAUAGAUCAAGGGAAUCGCUCAAGAAUCAUCCUUGGUUAGCGUACUAGUAACGUUUGAAAAUUUAUUUAUUCCAAUAUAUCAUAAAAUUUCGAUUUCGUGUGGGUUUUAUAAAUUCACGUAUUUUAAAAUGUACAAAUUUGUUGAAUAGUAUUUUUAUAGUGUUAUUGAUUAAAAAUUGCGUAAUUUCGAGAAUUUGACAAGUUCACAUUUUUAAUUCAUGAUCUGAGCAUCUCAGUAAUUUAAUUGUUCAGGAUUUGCGUGCAUUUCUCAUUCUCAAGCAUUUUCUUAUUUUAAUUGGUCUUUUAUUGAUUCUUUUAUCACAUUUCUUAUUAAUUUAUAGCCAAAUCCCAAAUUUCGAGUAAAAAUCGUCGAAUAGUUAUUGAAAUCCGCCUAGGAUAUUAGUAAGUUCUUACAUGAUCCCUUUUAUAAUAACUUUUACUACUAUGUAGUGUCGAACGAAAUUUGGAUAUCCGACUGAUUUGUUAAGUUUUAGAUUAUGUCGAAUUUUAUUAAAAAAACAAUGUUUUGAAAUGUAGGCAACAGAUUAUGUGAAUAAAAAAAUUGAAAU